CUAAAUACUAACUCUUAUUCUUUCCGUUUGCAAACAGUACAAUAUUCCGAUUAGAUAGUGAAACAGACCAACACAGUAACUCUUAAAAGUAGCCUCUAGGAAGUUAAAAGUUACAAGAAGUCUCAUAUUACUGAGAAAAUAGGAUCCAUUUGGACAUCAAAAGACCUUUUAAGAAAAUAUAGUGUUUCAAAAUUGAGCGACAAAUCUUACAAAACAAUCAUGCCUAAAACAAAAGAUAUUACCAAGCUGUCCACUGAAGAAUUGCAGAAGUUUCUAACAUCCUUCGACACAGUGUUGUGCGACAUCGACGGUGUCCUAUGGGAACUGAAUGAACCAAUUAAAGGUGCUUCGGAAUCUUUAAUGACAUUGCAAAAGCUGGGAAAACAAGUGUAUCUGGUAACUAAUAAUAGCACCAAGACGUUAGAAAAUUUUUACAAAAGCCCUCAAUAUAUCAAUUUAAAUUUAAGUUCAGACCAUGUAGUCAACCCCAUAAAAUCUAUUAUUUGGUAUUUAAAGAAAAUUGAUUUCCGCGACGAAGUUUUUGCCAUUGUUUCGAAUUUAUCUCGGGAAAUUUUCAAAGAGGCAGGAAUACGAUUAACCGAGCAACCAAAAAUUUCGGAAAUAAAUCCAUCUGCAACCAUAAAGGAGGUCCUAGAUCGACCAUCCGUUAAAGCUGUAAUUGUUGAUUUUGAUAUCAAUUGCAACUGGUCAAUGCUAGCUUUGGCCAUAUCGUGCCUCAAACGUCAAGACGUGUUGUAUAUAACAGGACCAACAGAUGAUUGGUUGCAAGUACAAGCAUUACCUCAAAUUAAAAUCUUGGGUCCUGGACCAUUGGUGAACAUUAUCAGUGCACACAGUGGAAGAAAGCCGAUUUCAUGUGCUAAACCUAGUAAAACCUUAAAAGAUUACAUUUUAGAUAAAUACAACGUGACGAAUCUGAAAAGAUGUUUAUUUAUUGGUGACACGGUGAAUCAAGAUAUGAAGUUUGCCUCGAUGUGCGGAUUUAUAAAGCUUUUUGUCGGUACGGGAUGUGAUACACUGGAGCAGGCACAAAACAAAGACGAUACCUGUCCGGACUAUUAUCUUCCUAGCUUAGGUCAACUAUUCUCUGCCGAUCCAAAAUGUAUCGCUAAUCACAAAGAUAAUUAAUAGUUCAUGCU